AUGAUGAACGCGCCUAUGCUGCUCGCGCAACACUCUCCGUCCGCCGCCGCCGCCGCUUGGCAUCGUCGUCGGGCUCCAUCACCCGCCAUCUCGCGCCGCGCUCGCAUUAUCCGGCUGUCUCCAUUCGCUCCGUCGGCCGCAGAGACCACCGACACGCGCACCGCCCCGGCCCCGGUCCCGGUCACUCCCGAUCGCGAGGCGCCGCCGCUCCAGCUCCUCCUCCGUAGCGGGGUGCGGGCGGAGUCGCUGCCGCGGCACGUAGGGUUGGUGAUCGACGGGCACGAGCGUUGGGCGCGCGCCCGGGGGCUGUCGGUGUCGGAGGGCCACGCGGUGGGGCGGCGCACGGUGGAGCGCACGGCGGAGAUCGACUUCUUCAUGCAGCUGUACGAGGGGUUUAUCCGUGACAACGUCGACGAGUUCUGCAGGGAGGGAAUCCGGCUGCAUCUCAUCGGCGACUCGCCGGGACGGCCAGCGUCCUUGCUGCGCGCGGCGAGGGAAACCUACGAGGCCACGCGGAGCAACUCGGAGAUGGUCCUGAUGCUGGCGAUCGGCUACAGCGGGCGGCGGGACAUACUGCGGGCGUGCCAAGAGCUCGCCACGGAGGUGCAGCGCGACCUGCUGAGGCCGGAGGACAUCGACGAGGCGCUCAUCGCCGGGAAGCUGGGGACCAGCGUCGCCGGCGGCGGCGAGCUCUCCUGCCCCGACCUGGUCAUCAGGACCAGCGGCGAGCUGAGGCUGAGCAACUUCCUGCUGUGGCAGUCCGCGUUCUCGGAGCUCUUCUUCUCUGACGUCAUGUGGCCGGAUUUCGGGGAGGACGAGUACCUCCGUGCGUUAAGUUCCUACCAGACCAGACAACGGCGCUUCGGCCAACGAAUUCCGCGUCCGUAA